AUGUACGCCUCCUCAGGCAAAGAGAGUGCACGCGAGUACCUGGACAAAUCAACAACGCCAUUCGAGGUAUUUGACCGCAACGCCAAGCGAAUGCAGAAGGAUCGAGCGGCGGCGCGAGGAGCAGACAGUCGCGAGGUUGACUACCUGAAGGACGAGGUCGCCAGCCGCGUGGCUGACCGGCUGCUAGACAUCAAGCGGCGGUACCACACGGUGGUUGAGCUGGGCUCUGGCUGCGGCCAUGUGGUCAAGGCACUUGAUGAUGACAUGAUGGACAAACUGAUCAUGUGCGAUAUCUCACCUGUAGCUCUGAGCCGUGACGCGGACGCCACCUACGAUAUUGAGGUCGAGCGGAGAGUCAUGGAUGAGGAGGCUCUGGAGUUUGAGCCCGAAUCCCUGGACGCUGUGGUCAGCAGUCUGGCCAUGCACUGGGUCAAUGACCUUCCAGGGAUGAUGAUACAGGUGCGCAAGGCCCUUGUCCCCGACGGCGUGUUUAUUGGCGCUAUGUUUGGCGGCGAUAGCUUGUUUGAGCUGCGCACCUCGCUUCAAUUGGCUGACGUGGAGCGCGAUGGAGGAAUUGCUGCGCGCGUGUCGCCGCUUACCGACACUAGAGACGUGGGCAAUUUGUUGAGCCGCGCAGGACUCACUCUGUCGACUGUCGAUGUUGAUAACAUUGUCGUCAACUAUCCGUCUAUGCUGCACCUGAUCAGUGACAUUAACGCUAUGGGAGAGGGCAACGCUGUAGUGCAAAGGCUGCCGUUUAUUAAGCGGGACACACUGCUUGCUGCCUCAGCAAUAUACAAAGAGAUGCACGGCAACGAGGACGGUUCCAUUCCGGCGACGUUCCAAGUCAUAUAUAUGAUUGGCUGGAAGCCAGAUCCCUCGCAGCCAAAGCCAUUGCCCCGUGGCUCUGGAGAAACGUCUCUUGGUGAGUUGUUCAAUUCGACUUCGCACAAACUGUAG